AUGCUCAAAUCACAUUUUACAUCAACAGUAAACACACGACCAGAUGGUGAACUAUGUAGAAAUGCUUGUGGUUUUUAUGGAAAUAAAAUAUGGGAUGGAUUUUGUAGUAAAUGUUAUCGAGAAGUUUACCAACAAGCCAAACAAAUACAAGAAGCAUAUGAUGGAAUAGUAAAUACAUCAACAUCUGAUUCUACUCCACCAUCAUCUCCAAUAUCUUCAAAUUCCAAUGAAAAACGUCGGUCAAAUAUUAGUAUGCGGAAUCCAAUUCGACAAAUGGUUCAUCGAGCUGGUAGUCUUCGAUCAACAAGUAAUUCUGUAAUAUCAGCUUUAUUGAAUGAACAACAAACACUUGAAAAUGAAGCGGCAAGUAAACAUUUAGAUCUAAUGACAACAGAUGAUGCACGUAUUGAUAUAAAAUCUCAAGUAAAAACAUUUGCAAAUAAUUUCCAGAAAAAAUGUUCCAAUAAAAAUAUUCAUAUUGAUACACUUAUACAAGAUUAUGGAGCAUUUAAAGAUACAAUUAAAAAACGUAUACAAACAAAUUCAAUUUAUCGAGAUGAGAGUGAAGAUUUAAUUCAUCGUGUUCGAGAUUAUGUUGAGAAAAUAAUCUUUUCAAAAAAUUAUUCAUUAAUAUUUAAUCGUAUUGCAACUGAAUGUGAAGAACAAGAUUUAUCUAUACAAAAUCGAAUAUCAUCUCUUCAUUGGGUAACACCAACAAUGUUAGAUGCUGUUCUCAAUGAAAAUACUUCCAAUGUUGGAGAAACACUUUAUAAAGCAAUCAAUGCUUUAAUUGAAUUGGAUUCAAAAACAACUCCGCAAGGAAAAAUACUUUCAAUUAUGGAAUGUAAAUUAUUUAUUGAAGAAGCUUUACGUACAUGUAGUGGCAUAACAAUAAAUGCUGAUUGUUUUCUUCCGGCACUUAUCUAUGUUGUAUUAAAAGCGAAACCGCCAAGAUUACAUUCCAAUAUAGAAUUUUUAAGUCAAUUUUCUCAACCAAGUGGUGAACAACUUUAUUAUUUAGCUAAUCUUGAUUCGGCCGUUCGUUUUAUUGAACUCUUACAAGCGGAACAUCUUGGUUUAUCAUCAAAUGAUUUUUCUCUAUAUAUGCGUGGUGAACCAAUAUUACCAUCAAGAUUUGUUCCUCUCUUUGAUUAUCCAUUAGAAAAUAAUUCCAGCAUUGAACAAUUAAGAAAAGUGACUAUAGAUUUUUAUGAAGUAGAACAUCAUUGUGGAAAAGUUGAUGAAAAUAUUCAAGAUUUUAAGAAGCGUUUAACACAAUUAGUAACAGAUACAAAUGAAUUAUUAAAUGGUUCAUAUAAACGUUAUUCAUAUUUUGAACAAAUUCCACAAUUAGCUAAUAUUGAUACAAUAGAUCAAUCAAUAAUAGAAAAAAAUCAGCAUUUAUCUGAACAACAACAAGAAGAAACAAAAACUGAUCCAUCAGACAUCUAG